GUUUCCUCCGAUCACAUGUCGCGUGCACACCCGGGAGGAGGCGCCACAGAGAAGCUUUGCGGGAAGUGCUCUUCUCUCCUAAGUGGCACGGAAGAAGGGAAGAGGCAUACGGCUGCAGCGAUGGUGAUCAAGCUGUACUAUACAACCGUCACCGCAUCCAGAGAGGUUAAAUCACAGCAAGCCAGGGUGAUAUGUAUCCUUGACAGUAAAGGUGUAAAGUAUGAGCUCGUCGAUAUCUCUCAAGAUAAUGCUCUGCUAGAAGAAAUGCGAACCUUAUCUGGAAAUCCUAACGCCAUGCCACCACAGCUGUUCAAUGGAACCAGUUACUGUGGGGAUCAUAUGUUGCUUGAGGAUGCUGUUGAAGACAAUGCUGUUGAGAAGUUCUUAAAGCUGACUUAAAUCAAGUUAAUUUAGAAAGCUUACUGUGCUGCAGCCACAUGCUCCUGUGUCUUAACCUUGGCAGUGUUCUUGCUUUUCCAUCUCUGUGCUGAAUGCCAAAAUGAGCACAUAAAAUAAAAAAGUACUUUGCUAGGACAUGAGAAGUACUUGGUAAUACUCAUAAACUUGUAUCAUUCCUUAUGUAACACAAAACAUUAUUAUCAACUUUUUCUUAAAUAAAAAAAGGGAUUAAUUAAGUACAGAAGGCAUUAACUGAAAGUAGCUGUAUGUGAUGCUAGAAAUGUUUUGCCAGUGAUAAUGGGAAAUAAAAAUAAAGAGGUGUAAAUGGAUGAAAUAUGUAAAAAAUUGGAUAUAUUUUGUAAACUUCCUUUGCUUUUGAUGUUGCAGAUGUGCCUGGUAAGAGAAAACAUAGCAGGCAUUCAGGUACAAGACUAAGUGUUAGUUAAAUCCACACCUGUUUCAAACAUUUGUAGGAAUUACAAAAAUAAAAGGUCACACCAAAGAAGAGUACAUAUCCCUUAGUGGCUUACAGGUAGAACUUAAAGUUGAAUUUGCAAAUACAAAACAAAGUAAUCAUGUUAUAAUAGCUAAUGUGAUUUAACUAUGUGUGUAUUCAUAUAAAAUGUAGAAAUUUAUAUUAACAGAAGAAAAAAUUCUAAAUUCAGGACUGUACAAUGAUAGUCUUAAUAUACAGUUGCACUCCUUCCAAAUGGACCCCAUUGUGUCCGAUGUGCACUUGUUCACUAUUCUAUAAUAAAAAUGUCUGCAGUUUGAAUGUGAUUACUUUCUCGGCAUUGGAUGAUGGGCAGAGUUUCUUGUUUGCUGCUUUACAGCACUCUUGACCUUAUGUUAAUGUAGUAUUUAAUGGUCCUAUCUAUCAAAAUCUAUUGAUCUAGGCAAGAAUUGAAUUUUUGAAAGGAUAAAAUGUCUUAAGACUGCUGUCUAAACAUCAGUAUAUCUGAAUUUAGAAAAAAACAUUAACUGCAGUAUCUGAACUGCAACAUGAGAAGCCUGCUCAUGUGAAAUGUCAGCAGGAAGUGGAUUUUCUUCACAAUGCUUUUUUUUCUUUUCUUUUCUAGUAGCCCCACUUUUCAGAAGUUCUGUUGAUUAAAUGAUUGGUUUUCCAAUUCACUUUUUUUGCUUUAAAAAAAAAAAAAUCCAAAGUACCAAAGUAAUAUGUUUGACUAGUGAAAUUAAUCCGCACUCUAUGGCUUCAGCUUUUUUGAACCAGUUCUUUAGUGCCAAUGUAUCCUUUUAAUUGUAUCUCUGUAUGUCAAUUAACAUCUUUUUUUAUGUAGACUCUGGUCUACAAAUUUCAGAAGCACAACAUAGAUUAUGAUUAUGGCAUGCUAUCUGGGUAGCAAUAGCUGAAGAUUGUUAUUUCUUUUCAGAAAUGGCUUGUCAUGCAGUUUGAAUUAUAAUUAUACCCUGACAGUAAAUCUGGAAAGUGUUGAUUUAAUUUUCCUCUUUCCUAAAUUUUGGCAAAUACCUCAUCUCAACUUUCUCAUUCAGCAUUCCUGCUAGAAGUAAACCUGUACUUAUUAUUAACAGGAUAUUAAUAAAUGAAAUCUUCUUUUUUUAAGUGUACUUUUAAGUCUUAAUGUUCUUCAGUUUUCCCCCUAAUGAUCUUGUGGUAUCAUGUUACUACUGCUUCACAUGUUUUCUAUAACUGCUGUAUGCAGAAAAGUUGCUUUCUAUGAUGACAUUAAUAAAUAAAUUUUCACAAUUUGUUUUC